UUCCGCCCAACCCUCCGGAACCUUCUGUUUCUGCUCGGCUUUCCGCCGAGACGACAAGGACGGCCAAGUCGGAAGUAGUGUGAGGCUCGUGGGCGGAGCCAAGCGCAGCCAUGUCUGCAGCCUUGCUGCGUCGGGGUCUAGAGCUCCUGGAAGCGUCCGAGGCCCUCCGGGACCCUCCAGGGCAGGCCAAGCAGAAGGGGACUCCGAGGAAACGGCCCCGGAAGGCGAAGGCAACCCAGGCCCAGAAACUGCGGAACUCGGCCAAGGGAAAGGUGCCCAAGUCGGCGCUGGACGAGUACCGGAAGCGAGAGUGUCGAGACCACCUCAAAGUAAACCUGAAGUUUCUGACCAGUGGGAGAAGCGCCGUGGCUGAGUCUGUGAGCCAGCAGAUUUUGCGCCAGAACCGAGGCCGCAAGGCCUGCGACCGGCCUGUGGCCAAGACCAAGAAGAAGAAGGCCGAGGGUACCGUGUUCACUGAGGAAGACUUCCAGAAGUUCCAGCAGGAAUACUUCGGCAGCUAGGCUCCCUGGGAGGCACGGUGGAAGGGCGCUCAGGCCCCUCAGCCUCCGACUCCUCUGCUGGCCCCAGGACCUGGCCGUGCUGCGCACGCGUGGCCAGCAGAUGGCGACGCAGGACCAGCCUGGCUCGAGGAAGCCGCGGAGCUGGAGCCGCGUGGAGGCUGGAAUGGAGCUGGCGGGCCGGAAGUCCUGGGGCGGAUUGACACACAGACCGGAGCUGGCUUCUGCAGGCGUGGGAAGAGGAUCUGCACUUGCCGGAAAGGAACGUAACUGUUUUGUUUGCUUUUGCCCAAGUGGGGACUCUGGGCUCUUUGCCGUGAAACAAGGCUAUUUCCUGGGUCCUUGGGGAUGACACCUCCAGGAGUAGGAAGGCUUGUGUGUUGCUUCCAAGUUGUAAUAAAUGUGAACACAAGA